UAAAUUGAGUUGGGCUUUUACGACACACAUUGCUUUGCGGCAGAUACACACAUGUGCAGUAACUUGCUCUCGGUAACACCGCAUGCCCCUAGAGUUUGUUGUAGAGCGAACAAUUGAAGUGUCUGCAAAACGCUCCGAUCAAAUUUAAAGUCUCAGGAUGUCUUUUCGAGGGGGUGGUGGACGAGGUGGUCGAGGUGGUGGUGGAGGAUUUAACCGGGGCGGAAGAGGAGGAUUCGGUGGCGGACGAGGAGGAUUCGGUGGCCGAGGAGGGGGAAGAGGCGGCUUCAACAGACAGCAAGAUUAUGGUCCCCCUGAAUACGUUGUCGGUCUAGGAGAGUUUGUGCAUCCUUGUGAGGAUGAUAUUGUGUGUAAAUGCACAACAGAAGAAAGCAAAGUGCCUUACUUCAACGCCCCAGUCUAUCUGGAAAACAAAGAGCAAAUUGGAAAAGUGGAUGAAAUAUUUGGAAAUCUGCGGGACUUUUAUUUUUCUGUCAAACUAUCAGAAAACAUGAAGGCAUCAUCAUUUAAGAAACUACAGAAGUUCUACAUAGACCCUGCAAAGCUUUUGCCCCUACAGAGGUUUCUCCCGCGACCCCCAGGAGAGAAGGGUCCCCCGAGGGGAGGUAGAGGUGGCAGAGGAGGUGGCCGUGGAGGUGGCUUCCGUGGAGGACGGGGUGGAGGACGUGGUGGUGGAGGAGGAUUCAGAGGAGGCAGCGGUGGAGGCUUCCGAGGAGGCAGUGGUGGUGGUUUCAGAGGAGGCAGUGGGGGAGGUUUCAGAGGAGGCAGCGGGGGAGGUUUCAGAGGAAGAGGAGGUGGCGGUGGAUUCAGAGGAGGGAGAUCAUGAUGACUCAACAGACGCAGACUUGAUCGGCCAGCACCACUGGAAGGGUACCAGGGGAGAUGGAGCAAAGAGGCUGUUGAGCUUCCUCUCUGUCGGACUUGUUUUUAAACGAGGCAGCGGCCCUCUACCUUUUGGACCAUUGGCCUGCAAUGCUAUUUUUUAUUAUUAUUCAUAAUUUUUUGUGCUGUUUAAUGUGUCCAUUCCUUUUUUCCCCCCUUAUCAUCUUCCAGUUAUCAAUCUGUGAUUGUAGUCCCUGGUCAAUGAUGCAUUUUCUUUGGAAACCCCACAGGCAAGAGUGAGGCUUAAGCUAUCAUCUAGUGAAGGAAUGUCUCAUUGUUAGAAGAUCCAUUUUGAUAUACAGUGACACAAACAUAGUCCAUAAAAUGACAGAAACAUAAAAUAAUGUCAGACUUGGAAGCGUUGUAAACGAAAUCUCAAUUAAACAUAUGGUUUGGAAGGGUUUGUAUGUUUCAAACGCUGGUAACAUCCAGUCAGUGAAUCCACUGUGUGCCUGUAGUUGAUAUCAAAGGGCACUGAAUAUUUUUGUACAGGUUUGAUGUUCUGCCAGUGCCACUCACAACUCAAAUUAAUAAAAAAGUAGCUGGUAACCAGCUGCUAUUCAAAAAAGUA